AUGGGGAUUUCUCUCAGCCGUCGAGGAAUGGAAGCACGUGCCUCUUUGGCCACAAGCAGACUCUCCCAGAAACAAACUAAUGGCCUAUCUGUUCUUGGAGCCUUGGCUGCCCCAAUGCUCCCUGCUUUCCUUACGAAUAAUCCAACGCCCAACGGAUAUCCAUGGAGCACUCUUGAUAACACCACCAAUUACUAUGAUACAAGUCCUAAUACAGGUGUCAUACGAUACUAUAACUUUACAGUUAGCCGUGGUGUCAUUGCUCCGGAUGGAUAUCAGCUCAAUGUCCUAUUGAUCAAUGAAGCUUUCCCCGGCCCAUUGAUCGAGGCAAACUGGGGCGACACCAUUCAAGUAACUCUAAACAACAACAUCACCGGCCCGGAAGAAGGCACGGCGCUCCACUGGCACGGAUUCCUUCAAAAGGGGACUCCUUGGGAAGACGGCGUGCCUUCUGUGACGCAGUGCCCCGUGCCUCCGGGGAAGAGCUUCACAUAUCAGUUUGCGGCUUCUCUGUAUGGCAGUUCUUGGUACCACUCGCAUUACUCCUCGCAGUAUGCUGGUGGUCUUUUAGGCCCUAUUGUGAUCCACGGACCGAAAUCGCAAGAUUACGAUAUUGAUAUUGGUCCCGUGAUGUUGUCUGACUGGUAUCAUGAACAAUACUUUGAUCUGGUUGAGAAGACUAUGAGUCCUGUGCAGGCGUUGACUAGGUUCAACUCUGACAAUAAUUUGAUCAAUGGCAAAGGAGACUUCGACUGCUCCCAGGUUACAGAUGGUACGCCAUGUACCAACAACGCCGGUAUUUCGAAAUUCAAGUUUGAACGUGGAAAGACUCAUCUCCUUCGACUUAUGAACACCGGGGCGGAAGGCCUUCAGCGCUUCUCUAUUGAUGGGCAUAAUAUGACAGUUAUUGCCAACGACUUUGUGGAUAUCCAGCCCUACGUGACAAAAGUCGUUACACUUGGUAUUGGUCAGCGAAGUGAUGUCCUUGUCAAAGCAGACGGUGAUCUGGACGCCUACUGGAUGCGCAGCAACAUCAGCGCAUGCUCUAAUGCCAACCAACCAUAUGCCUUGGCAGCCAUCUACUACGAUGAUGCAGAUACCGAGACAGACCCCGAGUCCACACCUUGGGAUGUUCCUGAUCCGCUAACUUGUGUGAAUGAUGACUUCUCGGUCACAGAGCCUGUCAUGGAGCUUGCCCUUCCGGAACCAGAUCUGGAGCUCGACAUGGAGCUGACGAUCUUCCAAAACGCGUCUGGUAAUACUUUAUGGGCACUAGACGGCGUUACAUUCAGGGGCAAUUACAACAGUCCGACCUUGUUGCUGAGCAAUCUGGGUAACUACAGUUUUGAACCCGAAUGGUCCGUGAGAAACGUGAGCACGGCAAAGAGUGUCAGAGUGAACCUCUUCAAUAAUUCCCCCGCUCCACAUCCUAUGCAUCUUCACGGCUUCAACAUGUAUCUCCUGCACGAAGGUCCCGGCCAGUGGGACAACAAAACAAUCAUCAGGCCAUCCAACCCACAGCGCCGCGAUGUCUUUCUGAUUCGUAGGGGCGGACACGUCGUGUUCCAAUUUGACGCGGCGAGCAAUCCGGGCGUGUGGCCGUUUCACUGCCAUAUUGCCUGGCAUGCCACGGCUGGGCUGUUUACGCAUUUCCUUGCAGAUCCGGAGGCAGUGAGGGGAUUGAAGAUUCCGAAUGUAGUGGCGGAGACGUGUAGACAGUGGGGGACUUGGACGGAUACGAAUAUUCCUGAGCAGAUUGAUAGUGGGCUGUGAGUAUAUACAUAUGUAGGGACUGUAUUUCUGGAGUCUGGCAAUGUCUUUGUAAGAUAUCGAGGAGGCUAUUUCAACAUAUAGGCCUAGUUGUACUGUGAAUUAAAUGAAACUCCACUUGUGUCGGCCAUUUAUUAGAAAGGACCAUGAGCGUUGAUGGCAGAUGAUGUAUUGCUUCUGCCUUCUGUUCCAAGGAAAUAUCGUCUAUCUUGAGCUUAUAUAACAAACAUAUAAGUAGCAAAAUCUGAAACCCAGCCGUCCUGCCAAAUGAG